AGCCCCUCACGACACACACACACACUUUCCACGUCAGUCGGACAGUCGGACGGACAGCCGCAGACCAGAGGACAGCAGCUCUAAGCCAGGAUGUCGAUCACUAAGAUUCACGCCCGCGAGAUUCUGGACUCCAGAGGAAACCCCACCGUGGAGGUGGACCUGUGGACCGCCAAGGGUCUCUUCAGAGCUGCCGUCCCCAGCGGCGCGUCCACCGGGGUCCACGAGGCUCUGGAGCUCCGCGAUGGAGACAAGAGCCGCUACCUGGGGAAAGGAACCCUGAAGGCCGUGGACCACGUCAACAAGGACAUCGCCCCCAAGCUGAUCGAGAAGAACCUCAGUGUGGUGGAGCAGGAGAAGAUCGACAAGUUCAUGCUGGAGCUGGACGGAACCGAGAACAAAUCUAAGUUUGGAGCGAACGCCAUCCUGGGCGUGUCCCUCGCCGUCUGUAAAGCCGGAGCAGCAGAGAAAGGCGUCCCUCUGUACCGCCACAUCGCAGACCUGGCCGGACACAAGGACGUCAUCCUGCCCGUCCCUGCCUUCAACGUGAUCAACGGCGGCAGCCACGCCGGGAACAAGCUGGCCAUGCAGGAGUUCAUGAUCCUCCCCGUCGGCGCUGCCACCUUCCACGAGGCCAUGAGGAUCGGGGCGGAGGUGUACCACAACCUGAAGAACGUCAUCAAGGCCAAGUACGGGAAGGACGCCACCAACGUGGGAGACGAGGGCGGCUUCGCCCCCAACAUCCUGGAGAACAACGAGGCUCUGGAGCUCCUGAAGAGCGCCAUCGAGAAGGCCGGCUACCCCGACAAGAUCAUCAUCGGGAUGGACGUGGCGGCCUCCGAGUUCUACCGCAGCGGGAAGUACGACCUGGACUUCAAGUCCCCCGACGACCCGGCCCGCCACAUCAGCGGGGAACAGCUGGGAGACCUGUACCGCAGCUUCAUCAAGAACUACCCCGUCCAGUCCAUCGAGGACCCCUUCGACCAGGACGACUGGGAGAACUGGUCCAAGUUCACCGGUUCCGUGGACAUCCAGAUCGUAGGAGACGACCUGACGGUGACCAAUCCCAAGAGGAUCCAGCAGGCGGUGGACAAGAAGGCCUGCAACUGCCUGCUGCUGAAGGUCAACCAGAUCGGCUCCGUCACCGAGUCCAUCCAGGCGUGUAAGCUGGCUCAGAGCAGCGGCUGGGGGGUCAUGGUCAGCCACCGGUCCGGAGAGACCGAGGACACCUUCAUCUCAGACCUGGUGGUGGGGCUGUGCACCGGCCAGAUCAAGACCGGCGCCCCCUGCAGGUCAGAGCGUCUGGCCAAGUACAACCAGCUGAUGAGGAUCGAGGAGGAGCUCGGGGACAAGGCCAAGUUCGCCGGAAAGGACUUCCGCCACCCCAAGAUCAACUGAAGCCCCGCCCCCUGGCCUUCCUGUCCGUCGCCAUGACGACCGAAGCCCCGGAGCCCGGCGGAGGGGUCAGAGGUCACAUGCUGCCGUCCCGACUGUGAUUCCCCGACUGAUGUUUUCUAAAAAAACACAAAGAUAAAGAAUAAAGAAGCUAAAAACAGCGA